AUGAUCAAGAUCGUCUUCGUCCUGCUCGUCGCACUCGCCGCCAUCGCUACAGCCAUGCCGAACCCCGGGUUGUACGGUGGAUAUUCGCACGGAGGUGGCGGACACGACGGGUACGGAGGACACGGUCAUCACCAGGGACACGGUGGAAGUCACGGUGGACACGUCGAUUACCAUCACGGAGGACACGGGGGAUACGGGGGAGAUCACCACGGAGGGUACGGAGGAAGUCACGGUGACUACGGUGGUUAUCACCAGGGACACGGUGGACACGUCGAUUAUCAUCAUGGACACGGAGGAUACGGACACGGAAAAUAA